GCCUGAACAUUUUACUGUGAAAUGAAAUGGAAGAAAAACCGGAAAUUCUUCAACUCUACGAACUCCGAUAUUCCGAUCUUAUACUAUUGUCUUCCAACAAAUUACCACCAUCGCCCGAGGAAAUCCGGCGGCUGGAAACAGUUUCUGAAACUGUUAUGCAGAAUUUAGGCCCGACCGGACCCGGCCUGCUAUCGAUUGUCGGCGUUCCCAAAGCUUCCGUUCUCCGGAAAGCUCUCCUUCCUUUAGCUCGAAAACUAUCUCUUCUCAGUAACGAUGACCGAAAACUCAUCCUCAAGGAACACAAUUUGGGGAGUGAUGUGGCGUUGAAGGAUCUGGAUAGAAUCGUGUCGUCAUUUGCAAUGCAAAUGAAGUAUGAGCAAAGAACUUGUGAUGGAGUUAAUAAUGAGAAAAUGGAAGGGGAGUUCGAGGAUGAGGAAUUUAAGAAUCUAGGAAGCGUGUUUAAGGAGCUAGGGUUUUGUAUGAUGGAGUUAGGUCUCCGUGUUGCUCGCAUUUGUGAUAGAGUAAUUGGUGGCCAUGAGCUGGAACAGAGCUUAUUGCUGUCUGGGACUGCUAAAGGGCGUUUGAUACAUUAUCAUUCACGUAUAGAUAAUUUUGUUAUAAAAGAAGCGGCCAAAAGGAAAGGACGGAGAAUUAGCCAAGUUAAUUUGGGUAAUGAAGUUACGGUAUUUGAUGAGAAGAAGUUAGAUUUGUGGCAGCAGUGGCAUUAUGACUAUGGAAUAUUUACAAUUCUGGCAGCCCCGAUGUUUAUGUUGUCUAAUGCAAAUUUUGAGCUAGAAUGCGAGUAUCCAACUGAUCAUACAUAUUUACAAAUAUUGGAUCCUGAAAAAAAUCGUGUGCUUAUGAUGAAGGCAUCUAUGGAGAGCUUUAUUGUUCAGGUGGGGGAAUCUGCAGAUGUGCUUUCAAAGGGGAAGCUACGGGCUGCGCUUCAUUGUGUUUGCAGGCCGAAAAAGACGGAGAAUUUGAGCAGGGAAACUUUUGUUGUCUUUUUACAGCCGGCAUGGAGCAAGACUUUUCAUCUUUCAGAUUAUCCCAUGGAACGGUUAACUUCAAGCAGUCAGGAUUCUGAGUCAUAUCUUGAGGGAACACAUGGUGCCAGGAAGGAUUCAAAUGGAUUGACUCAAAAAAUUCAUCAGUUAGUUCCACCACUACAUUCACGGCUGAAGGAUGGAAUGACCUUUGCUGAAUUUUCAAGAGAGACUACAAAGCAGUAUUAUGGUAGCAGCGGUUUGCAGCCAAACAGAUAGAGUUUGGUAAAGAGAAAACCAUUCCUUUCUAUUCUUCUGUAAGGCCAAAAGCUUUCUUCAGCUAAUUUGGAGAAGAAACUUUGAGUUUCGAGAGGGAGAAUCUAAAGGACUUGGGUGGGUUGUAUAUGAUGACGUCUUCAGGCACGCCUUGAAUACAGAAGUUGGUAAUUGGUACAGAGAUUUACAGUGUUUGUUUGGAAAAAUCUUUUGUUGGUCGGGUUGUGAUGUUGCCCAUUCUUGAGACGUGGACGUACAAGUAGAAACAGGACCAUUCUUUGUCAAUUUUCUUUGCAGUCUAGGCGUUGAUUGGUUGAGCUUUAAUGUGUGGAGUUCGUGAAUUCAAGUUUCAUCGUCAUUUAUUUGUUACUAGUUUGCACAUAAAGCUACACAUCAAAGAUAAAACAUACAUAAUUAUUGUAUUGCCGGAGGAUCUAUAAGUUGGGUAUAUUAGUAUAUCUACUCAUUUUGUCAUA